AGCGUGAUUCGACGACGACGGUAAAUGAAAACUUCAGCGUGGUUCGACGACGACGGUGAAUGAAAAUUUAGCGUGAAAAUUUGUUGAAUUUAGUUGAAAAUUGAUUAGGUUUCUGCGACAAAUGUUGCCAGAGAUCGGGCAUUAAGUUAUAAUGUGCGACGUGUGCGCGGAUUUUCUUCAUCUCCUCACCACCCAUGAGUCGCGUAUCAGCAACAACGAACUCAAGCAUCAGCAUCUCCAGAAGAAUGAGGUUGACAUUGCCUUCGCCUACAUCCAGACAUGGCCACAGAGGCAAUGCAUGUGCUGCUACAGGGACGUGAAGAAUUUUGAGCGCUUCAACCUCAUUGUGCAGUCUAUAAUAUGUUUGACGAUAUCCCAGCUGAAGAAUAUCAAGGCAAUCCUCGAGGAGAGUCAAACAAACAACAAUAAUCCCGAAGGGGAGGCAAGUGGGACGGAGGAGAAGGAACCGAAGGAGCCAAAGGUCGUGGUUGCGGCGGAGGAGGAGACAAAACCCGCAUCUCCAGCUCCGCAGCAGCAGAAUCCCGCAAAACCCAAAGAGGCCACCAACUCAUCAACGUGGAGCCUCCCAGAGCUCGAACGGGUGCUCAUUGUGAUCUCCAAGGCGUUCCUCCUCAACUUCCCCCUGUACGUGGCUUACAAGCACGGCGUCCACUCGCGGCUGGACGACAUCUCGGCCCAGGAUGCGAACAAUUUGAGCAUUUUCUGUGAUCUCCACGACAACGAGAUCCCCGCCUUCCUCCUCCGGAAUGUCUCUGUCUUCUGCAAUUGCGGCGGUUUUGCCGCCAUGGCGCUCUGCUUCGAGCAGAAUAAUCUUCCCGUCUCUACGGCUCAUGCCAUCACAGCUGCCAUCUCCAAUGUGAAGCUCUGGCUCAACUACCGCAGCAUUGCUCAGCUGUUUGUCCCGCUGCGCGUCAAGGUGCUCCAGUACAUGUGCAAGCUCAACGAUCAGGACCUCCGAUCGCCCGCCACGAAAUCCAUGGCGGAAUUCAUGUGGGCCGCCAUCAAGGAUCCCCUCGAUUCGCAAAUUACCUUCGACAUGGAGGGCCUCACGCUUGCCUUCAAGUACUUCACAUCCACCACCCUCACAAUGCGUCUCUCGGGGAUGGCGCAGAUCAAUGCCCACAUUAAUCUCUUCAAUGACAUCUGCACGUCCGACACUGUGGCCGAAGUGGAGGUUGUCGGGCAGAAAUUAGCCGACUGGCUGACGGAGAAUCAAAUCAUUUCGCACCUCUUUGGGCCCAAUCUCCACGUGGAGGUCAUCAAGCAGAGUCACAUUGUGCUCAACUUCCUCGCGGUGGAGAACCAAAUCACCGAAGAUCACAUCAAUCUCAUCUGGCAGGCAGCACAGCUGAAGCACUGCUCCAAACCCAUCUACGACAUCCUCCCGGCGCUCGUGAAGAAUCUCGCGCCGCGUCCGGCAAUGCAUCUCUAUCAGCUCCUCUGCAGGCUUGACCCCAAAGAGCACACAGAGCAGAGUAUCUACAUCGCUUCGGCUCUCACGAAGCUCAUCUGGUCUCGUGACAGCUGCCGCCAGUCCAGCGUCGACAGCUUCUUCAGUGGAUCCGUUCCGGGAGUCAGUGCGGCAGCUCAGAGUGCCCUGAUGCGCAAUGUGGCCACUGUUGCCUCAAGCUCCGAGAACAGUGUCAGCAUCGAAGGGAGCAAUAGCGAGGAGGAGCAGCAGGAGGAGGAUAGUUCCGAGGGUAGGAAGAGCCCAAUUGAAGUUGAGGGUUCCGACUCAGGAGCUCCGCCCUGCAAACAGGCACGCCACAAGAAUUGCUGCGGUGAAACAACAGACGAGAGCACAAAAGUGGAGGCAGAUGUAGUGGAUGAUGUGGAGCUGGAUAAGGGAAUCCCACCAACAUUGACCAUAAUGGGUAAGAGGAUUUCCAUUCUUCCCGAUGGAUCGAGUAGCGAUGACGGAUUGGAUGGCACGGAGAAUUUUUCCGUGAUGCGCAAACGCCUCCGGAAGCGUCGAAAGAUGCGUGUGCUGUCGAAGAAGCAAAUGCAGCAAAUUGCCGAAAUGUCCGACGGGGAGUCUCACAGCGAUGGGGCUGUUGUGGGCAAUGACAGUGACUGCAGUGAGACGCAUCUCCCGUCGGCUGUGCUGAGUCACCUCCAUUCUGAUGGUUCCUUCAUUGGGGCCAUUUCGGAGGGGCAGCUGAUGGACUUGCUGAGCGGUGCUGAGAAUGAUGGGAGCUACUCGUCGCCCAUGAGCAAUAAGAGUGAGAAGAAUAUGGCGGAUUUUGACGAUGAGGAUUCUCCGUGUGAGGAGGAGUUGGAACAGUUGGCCUCCAGGGGGCACUGUCUUGCUGCCUUCACACUGCCACGCACACGGACCAUUACCAAUGUCCUGGGGAAGGGUGUCAAGGCGACAAAGGCAGCAGCUGCGGCAGUGGAGAAGUCAAGUCAGGAGAGUACAAACUCCUCAACGACGUCAGCAACAACGACGUCGACAACAACACAGGGAACGUUCAAGUUGAAUGAUGUGUGUCAGCCGGGGAAUACGCUUCUGUGGGAUCUCCUGCAGGACGACAAAAUCGGGCAAUUGGGUGAAUCUCUCGCACUUGAAGCGGAAAAGGCUCUCGGGACACUUUUGUGCUUCAACACAGACAAGUUUAUUCGCAUGAAGUUUGUCGAGGGAUGCCUGAUGAAUUUAGCCAAUAAUAGGAGCGUUAUUGUUUGCCUGCGCCUCCUGCCGAAGAUGUUUGCGUCAUUCCAGCAAUUUCGUGCCACGGACACGCAUCAGGUGACAAUGUGGGCUGAACGGCAUCACAAGAUGAUGUUUCACUUCUUCAACAACCUCAAGUAUUACGCCGUGUCGACAAAGACACAGAAUCAGGGGCAGAUUCUCAAUCAGAACGGUGUACCAAUGUACAGUCAUCUAACGCAGGUACAGGUACGUCUGCAAUUCCUCACUUCGGUGUUCAGCUCAAUGGGCUCCCCGGAACCCUUCCGGUUGAGCCUUGAGCAAGUUGACGCACUCUGGGCGUGGUUGGCGAAUGAUCCCGAAUGCUCAGACUGCUUGUUCGCCUGGUUACAGACACAGGCAAAGGGGAGUGGGGAUCAGCAUGCCCUUGGGAUUGAUACGUUGCAACAUUUGUACAUUCGGAAGUUGCCAGAGCUGCGUCCCGAAGGGAUCUCAAUGGUUGCUCUGGGGCUCUUUCAGCAACUCUGCAGUCUAGCCCGUUUGGCAGCGCACUACGACACAGGAUCCGAUAUGUCCUUGGAUAUUGUGGGUAUGAGUCAUCUGUGGAAGAUAGCCCUGCGUGCCAGCAAUACGGACGUAUCAUUGGCUGCAAUUCAGUACAUAAACUCCUACUACAUGGGGCAACAGUUGAAGUUGGAGAAGGAAUUUGUCGCGCAAUGCAUGAAUCACUUGACGCAGGCUGCGGAGGAUUUGAAUAAUGUGGACAAUCAGGAGCACGCUCUAAUGUGUGUCCAGCGUGCUCUAAUGCUGCUCAAUACACACUUGGAGACGUUCAGACGACGCUAUGCGUACCACUUGAGGCGUUGGGCGCUUGAAGGGAAGGGAAUUGCAAGCCAUAGUGCUCUGAGGAGUGAAGGACCAGGGCCACCGAUACGGAUAAUCCUCCAACCAGCUGGAGUUCCCGAUAAGUCCAUCCUGCAUCUGCAUUCAACAGACCUCGUGGCUGAUCUCAAGGCUGAAGUGGCUAAAUGGUGGGAAUCCAUUCAGAGCGGGGUUAAAUCAAGCGGAGCCACCGCUCCAGUCUUGGGUUUGCUUCUUAGUGAAGGCCCUCUGCGGAUAAUCACGCAAGGUCAGGAGAUAACGGCGGAAUACGACGAGAGGAGUCUUGCAGAUGUUGGUUUUAAAGACAAUCAAAUGGUUUACGUGUCUCUGGGCGGGAGAAGUAGUGGCCGGCGUCGGGAUCCGGGUGAUCAUCCUUCAUUGCAGCCGCCACCGCCGAAGGAAUGCCUCCCAACGGUGCUGCUGCUGCAACCGAAAUACUUUGAGCAGCUGUUCAAACUAAUGCAAACUCUGGGUGAUAUGAAGACUCUCGGAAAGGGUGGUAACCGUCAACCGCAUACAAAGGCUCAACUGCUGUCAAGGAGAGUUUGGGACAUUCUAGCAAUGCUCCCUACGAGCCCAACGCUCCUUGAGAACUUCAAGAAUAUCAUGAAAGUCGGGAAGGGUGAUGAAGAAAUGGAAACUGAUGCUACGGAUAAGCCGUCAAUGAUGAAUGUUGAGGAUCUUCUGGAUCCGAGAAAUCUGCAAAAGUUCAUGUAUUCCCUUCACAUUGUUGAGAGUCUUUGCAAGACGAAAUUCACAGCAGGAAAGGUGGCUGAGAAGACUCCGACAAAAGCUCAAGCGGUAAAAGCAACGAAUCCUGCGAAGGCUGCUUCAAAAGGGCAGAUUUCACCAAAAGGAGCUCAGAGUAAGAAGGCUUCGGUUGAAAAGGUGGACGGUGAUGCUAAUCUAUCGAGCACACCAAUGGAACUGGAAGAACAAGCUGUGGUAGCUGAGAAUACAAGCAGUGCGCAGGAGAAUGCAACUGCGAAAGGAGAUGCGAAGGAGAUGGAAGUAGCAGAAGCGGAAAAUGUUCCUCCGUCUGAUGCAGAGAAUCAACCUCCUCAGCCAGAUGUGAUAAAAGCAAAGAAAGUUCUUGGUCCGGAGAUAACAAUUUCCUGGAGUACAAUCUUUGUCAAGUGUGGUGGAUUGAGGAAGUUGUACGAUAUCCUCAUGUCAGGAGUGUUGCAGCCAGAUGAAAGUGUCGGUGGGGAUGACUUCAAUGAGUGGAGGCAUGAUUGUUUAGCGAGUUUGCUGCGGAUUCUCUGCCUUCUUGGCAUGGAGGAGAUGAAACCGGAUGAUACACUGCUAACAAUUCCGAAACUCAAUGAAUACAUGCUGCCCAUGAUGGUGGUUAAGCCAACACUUAAGAGACUCUCGUCCAUCCUUACGGAUUCAUCGUUACCACUGAAUCCACAUCAUUUCAAAACCGGCAUCUGGGGUAGGGCUCAAGUCAUCCAUUUCACCAUGAAUCUCCUUGUGUGCUUUGUCCAUUCAUCGCCGCAGGCACGUGAACAACUGUGGUCGGAUCCGGACAACUGUACUUGGCUACAGAGACUGAUUCUCAAUGAUCCCGAACCGGCAGUUCGGAGGGAGGCCUGUGCUGGGCUCUAUCGCAUUUGCUUGGGGAAUGCAAAGACAUUCUACGAGAUUACAGCACCGCUUCUGUCAAAACUGAUUAGUUUCCUCCCAACGGCUGAGAAGAUGACGUGUCAAAGUCAGAAUAUAAAUUUGUCUCCGGAUGAGGGAAAGGAGCCGUAUGGACCGGCUUGUCGUGACUACUUUUGGCUCCUUUGUAGACUCGUGGAUACGAUGACGACGGAAAUGAUGAAGGAGGGUCUCGAUGCACCGCAAACAUCGGCAAUUGACAUUGAGAAUCUCUGUAGGCAGGUGUCGAAGAGUAUUCUGGAGCGUGACUUUCUGGAAAUGAGGCAUGGACAUCAAGAUGAUGGACUUGUGGGGCUGAUUAAUCUCAUGGCGAACCUCAUUAAGUUUGAUCCGUCUUUCAAGCAAAGUUCCGACGGGCAGGAGUUUAUUGAGAGGAUCUUUGAGUGUCUCUUUGAUCUGCCAUCGGCGGACAAUAGGCAGAAGCCUAAAUGCAAGUCUCAGUCAGCUAGAGCUGCUGCGUAUGAUCUUCUUGUGGAGAUGUGUAAGAAUUCAGCAAAGAAUUAUGCUCUGUUGCAUGGAAAAUUGAUGGGGCAACAUAAAUCAGGACCGCAUUCUUCGUAUCCUUGGGAUUAUUGGCCUAGGGAGGAUGGAAGAUCAGAAUGUGGGUAUGUUGGACUAACGAACUUAGGAGCAACCUGCUAUAUGGCUUCGUGCAUUCAACACUUGUACAUGAUGCCACAGGCAAGGGAAGCAGUCCUCGAUGUUCCCCCACAGAAUGCCCUAAAGCAUGCGAAUACACUGCAUGAACUACAACGGAUGUUUGCAUACUUAAUGGAGUCCGAAAGGAAGUCCUACAAUCCCAGAUCUUUCUGCCGUGUCUACCAGAUGGAUCAUCAACCGUUGAAUACGGGUGAACAGAAGGAUAUGGCGGAGUUUUUCAUUGAUCUCGUGUCAAAACUCGAGGAGAUGACACCGGAUUUGAAGAGUUUGAUUAAAAAUCUCUUUUGUGGCGUCUUGAGCAAUAACGUCGUAUCCCUUGAUUGUGGCCACGUUAGUCGGACACUUGAGGAGUUCUACACGGUACGCUGUCAAGUGGCUGAUAUGCGGAAUUUGCAUGAAUCCCUCGAUGAGGUGACCGUUAAGGAUACCCUGGAGGGUGAUAAUAUGUACACGUGCUCACAGUGUGGCAAGAAGGUGCGUGCAGAGAAGCGGGCUUGCUUCAAGAAGCUCCCACAGAUACUCUGCUUCAAUACAAUGCGCUACACCUUCAACAUGGUGACGAUGCUCAAGGAGAAGGUUAAUACGCACUUCUCCUUCCCAAUGCGUUUAGACAUGUCUGGGUAUUCGGAGAAAUCUCUCAUGCCGCAAUACUAUCAAGAGGAGAAGAAGAAGAUGCAGCUGCGACGUUCAAAUUCACGAUUAUCCAAUACAGUUGAACCCAUGGAAGGCGGCUCAUCGUGCGAGAAGGCGAAGAAAGAGGCCUCCCCAACGUCAAGCAUGGAGAGUUCAAUGGAAACAUGCGAAGCAAGUGAGAAGAGUUCAACGGAAAUGGAUGAGGAUGAAAAUGAAUUUAUUGAUCACUUUGAGUACGAUCUCGUGGGGGUGACGGUGCACACGGGAACAGCAGACGGCGGGCACUACUACAGUUUCAUCAAAGAACGCUCAACGAAUGGCCUGGGCGGUGAUCGGUGGUUCCUCUUCAAUGAUGCCGAAGUUAAGAUCUUCGAUCCAUCGCAAAUUGCAGCUGAAUGCUUUGGCGGGGAGAUGACGAGUAAAACGUACGAUUCCGUCACGGAGAAGUACUUGGAUUUCAGCUUUGAGAAAACCAAUUCAGCCUACAUGCUCUUCUACGAGCGUCGUCCCGACAAGGAUGACAAAGAUCCGAUGAGUAGUAGUUCGGAGAGUGGUCCAAGUGGCGUCAAUGAUGCAACGAGCUUAAAUGCAAAUAACAACAACACAUGCAGCAGGAAUAACAACACCAACAACAUGGAAACAUGCCUGCAACAGCAGCAACCAACGACGGCACAGUUGCUAGAAGGAAAACCACGAUCAAUCGCCAUGGAGACAUCAGAUGGGAAUGCGUGCGCUAAUGAGACUGACGCGAGUAGUGAUUUACUGAUAAAAACUAAUUUAAAUAGAACUAAUUGUGAUAUAGAAGCUAAGGGUAGUAUGGUAGCAGCAUCAACGGCCGUAGCCACGAGCAAAUCCCCAACAACAGCAAGUAGAAAGUCACUUCUCAGCAAGGAGCUCGAAGAUUGGAUUUGGCAGGAUAACAAACACUUCCUCCAGGAUCGGAAUAUCUUUGAGCACACCUACUUCAACUUUAUGUGGCAAAUUUGCGGUCAUAUUCCACAAACAUUGCUAAUGCAGGGUGAUAUCACGUGUAUUGCGGCUCAACUGUCGGUUUCAUUUUUCAUUGAGACAUUUAUACAUGCAAAAGAGAAGCCAACAAUGGUGCUCUGGGUGGAACUUCUCACAAAACAAUUCAAUGCCAAUCAAGAGGCGUGCGAAUGGUUCCUAACGCACAUGUCACAGGUACCGUGGUGGCCUGUUCAAGUGCUCAUCCAAUGUCCUAAUCAAAUGGUGCGACAAAUGUUUCAACGAUUAGUUAUUCACGUCAUACAACGACUUAGACUCUCGCAUUCAUCGCUGUACUUAAAAAUUGAGACAAAUGAGGAGGGAAAGGAGGAGAUUGGGAAUGCAUCGUGCGUGACACGCUUCAUUAAAUCACUGAUAAUGCUAAUGGAGAGCAGUGCAAAGGCACAUAUGAGGAAUUUAUCGGAAUUCUUUGGGCUUCUCUAUGAUUUCUCACGAAUGGGCGAAGAGGAGGCUCUCUUCCUCUUGCGGAUUAACAUAAUACGCAAUGUUGCUGACUUCUAUCUUGGGCACAAGACUCAGGAUUGCGUUGAAACUGGAUCAGAUAAUGAUGACAAUUCAUCAGAUGAAGCUCUCUCUGUGGACAAAACACGUCCAGCGAGUUUAGACAAGAUGAUUGCGCUUGUGGCGUCUCUCGUGGAGCGAUCACGAGGCCCGGAUUUGCGAUUACAUCUCUCCUCGCGUGACUACAACGCCAUAGCCGGGGGCAAGGGGUUCCCAUUUCUCUAUCAGCAAAUUAAGGAUAACAUAAAUCCCCAUCAGACGCGUCAUUUAAUCCAUGCGCUGUGUCGCUUCGAUGAUCGUCUGGCAAAUCAGAUAAUCUCAAUGCUAUUCACGGCUGUGACGAAGCACACGGAGCUCUGCGGGCCCUUCUUUAAGCUCCUCACACUCUUAACGGAGAAUUCAGUUGGCCCCUCGGGGAUGCCGUGCUUCUCGCAAUUGGUGCUACAGCGUGUGUGGGAUGCAGCUGAGUACUGCCCACAGUCAGCACUUGAUUGGUUAGCCGUGCAAGCGCCAAGGAAUAAAAUAGCCCACAGUUGGAUCCUUCAAUCGGCCGAACAGUGGGUCGAACCAUUCCUCUUGGCGCACAACAAUUCACGCGUACGCAAUGCAGCAGCCUAUCUGCUUGUCUGCCUAGUUCCGUCGCAAUCUUUCAGGGCAAAUUAUCGCGUGAGUUCGCAUCACAAACUCAUGUUGCAUGGGCAACAGAAGGAAUUCACGGGAGAUGCUCAAAUCAUUGCUCACAACAUCCUCAAUUUGUUGCUGCGUCUCCUGCGACAAGCACGCAACUACACGGAGAUUGGAUCGCAUGGAACGGCUAAAUUGACUGCCUACUUCACCCUCAUGACUUACUUAAUGGUCUCAAAGACUGAGAAAUUAAUGCUUGGCCCACACAUUAGGGCACUUUGGGACCUCUUCCAUCCACGUCUGUCAGAGCCAGGAGUCCCAGCACAUCACAAUAAACAAGCCCUCCUCGCUUUUUGGCAUCAUGCAACGACAGAUUGCCCUGAAAAUGCCCAAAUUGUCGUCAAUUGUCCGGAAAUUACGAGAAAUAUUGCUUUCAACUACAUUUUAGCUGAUCAUGAUGAAUCGGAGAUUGUUGCGUACAAUCGUGCAAUGCUCCCGGCAUACUAUGGGCUCCUCCGGAUGUUCUGUCAGCAGAGUCGAACGCUAACGCGGCAAUUGGCGGCACAUCAGAAUCUUCAGUGGGCCUUUAAGAAUAUCACGCCGCAUCCCACGCAGUACGCAAUGGCCGUUGAGGAGCUCUUCCGGCUCAUGACGCUCUUUGCGCAACGGCACCCCGAUGCGAGUGAGAGUGAUCAGAGGGAAAUCUCCAAUUUCCGACGGACCACACUCACGGCAUACUUAACGGGGUUGGAUGCACGCGUGUCUUGGGGUACACUGAUAGCUGCCCUGAGGAUACUAGUUGAUAAUGAUGAGGAUCGUUUGUUUGUCGUCCUCCAUGGGGGGAUUGCGAUGGCUUUUGAGGCUCUCCAUACACUGCAUUCCAUGUAUCAUGAGGCCACAGCGUGCCACGUGUCGGGAGAUCUGCAGGAACUUCUGGCGGAGCUGGUGCUCCUCGUGAGUACGCUACGUUUGACAAAUCGCAAUGAUCCGAAGAAGAGGCUGCAACCGGGAGUGCUGAAAGGACUCCAGGAGGGCGUGAGACGCCUUGCAACACUCCUCAACACGUACAACCCGCCGGAGAUGCGAAAUCUCGCCCUGGAGGUGCUCAAGGAGCUCGUAAAGAAUUCCACGGUGGAGGUGAUCAAUAUCCUCGUGCCCCUUCUCACGCACUGCCACACAGCAUCACAGAACUCCACGCAUCCCCUCAGUCAGCUCGGCUACUACUUCCCGCGACGUGGUUCCGCAAAGAGUAGCUGGCAGUCAAUUUCAAAGAGUGCCCCCCGUCCGCCGCGGCCAAUGGUACAGAUGAGUGUGCCGCAGACGCAGCUCGUGCAGAAGGGGACCGAUAGGGACUUUGAUGCUGCCCUCGAGGCCUUCUACAAGCCCUACCACGAUUUUCUCGAUGUGAUGUUCCGCAUGGCUGUAAAUACGAAUCAAAUGAAUGAAUCAAUUGUAAAUUUGAGCUGCUUAGCCGGCACCGAAGGGACAGCGUUGCAUUUCAACUUCUUCCCCAAAUUCUGGGUGGGUGUCUUCAACAAUAAACAGACAAAUAAAUACGUGGAGUUGCUCACGAAUAAUCCAUUCCUCACUGAAUACAUUGACAUGAUUCUACGCGAUGAGAGGAUCUCCCUCAAUGAUCCAAUCAUUCUCAGCUUCCUCGAGAUCUACUAUCCGAAGAUUACAUCGCGAUUGACAAUCCCACGACUCCUUGAUUCGAUUGCAACGAUAAUUCUGAGCAAGGAGAAUGUUGUUGAUCUCUGUGGGGACAUUCUGGCGGUCAGGGUGAUUGUGGAGAGCACAAAGGACUUACCGGUGUGGAUACAGAAGCAACUCCGUGUGGCCCUGCAGGAGGUAAAGGCGCGAUUCAAGGAUGACAUCACAAUGCAUGAAGAUGAAUCACCGCCAAAACGUAGGAAAAUCAGUGAAAAUGAAUCAGAUUCAGCUGUGACGGCCAGUGGGAGUGAAGAAGUUGCUCAGGCGCUGCCACCCAAAGAGGCGCCCACCGAGAGCAGUGAAAUGUCACAGAGUAUGAGCACAGAACCAGCGGAAUCUGAGCCUUCCACGUCAUCUGCCACGGAGACUGUUGAGAUGGUGGAUGUUUCAGGGGAGAGAGAUACUUUGAGUGCAGCGGAAAAGUCCACAAGUUCCAUGGAGACCGCGAGUCCGCCGCUGAGUAAUCCGGGAGGAUCGUCGGAGUGCAAGGAAAGGGAACGCAUCAUCAAGAAGAUCGAUGAGAAUGUUGAUUUAGCGCUGAAGAGUCUACCAGAGGUGAGUGAGGAGCCCACAGGGGCGGCGGCGCCGGAGGAGAAAAAGGAAGAGAAGGAGAAAGUUGAGGAGAGCACAACAAAGAAGGAAGAGUCUGAGACAAGUGAGAAGGAUGAAUCAAAAAGCAAGUAAAUUUUAAGGAUUGUUUUUUUUUUAAAGAUUGUUUCGGAUUUUUUUUUUUUUGUAAUUUGUCCCUAUAAAGCAUUUUUUUGGGUUUUCCUUUUAUAUAGACAUUUAAUUUAUAAUAAGAAGCUACAACAUGAAGAGCUCAAUGGGGGUUGUCUUGUAAAAUUUUGAUGAUAAAAUAAUAUUAAAAAAAAUAAUAAUAAAUAAUUAAUGAAAAAAAGAAAAUUAAUUUAUAAGUGUGUGAGCGAUAGAAACAGGACAUUUUUUUUUUUGAAACAUUUAACGUUUCCUUCUCUUUUUUUUAUUAAGACAAAAUGAAAACAAUUUACUUUUAUUCUAGUUAUCAAUGAUGAUGGAAGAAAAAAAACUUGCUAAUUUAUUACUUUUAAAAAAUUAUAAAAAUAAAUGAAAGAAAUUAUGGAAAUUGUGAAUGAAGAAAAAAGAGGCAGAUCGGAGAUAUAAAGAUAAAUCGAACCAAUUUGUAGUAAUGUUUGUUUUAAGCAUAAAAAAAUCAUACUUUUCAUCCAUAAUGUUGGUUAUUUUUCCAAAAAAAUAAAUCUUCAUUUUUUGUAAAAAAAAAUUAAUUUAAAAAUCCAACAAAAAAAUUCAUCAAAAAAAUAUAAAUGUGACGAAGUUAUGUGUGAAGGAAAUACGAAAAAAAAUGAAAAUAAUAGUAAAAAAAAAAAAGUAAUUGUAAUUAUUGCAUCCAAUAGAUAAAAAAAAAUGCAAAUAGCACGUUUCAUCUUCUACUUCAAAAAAAGAAAAGAUAAGAAAAAUCUACGCAGGACAUUCUCUAAAAAAAAAAAACGAAAAUCUUCACUUUUCUUAAUAUUUCUUUCCUAUUACAUUGAUAAGGACAAGAUUAGAGGGUUUUUAUGCUCAUGAAAAUGAUUAAAAUAAAUCAUAAAUAUUCAUUAUUUUCUAGAGGAAUUUCCCUUUAAAACGUUUUUUUUUAAACAAUUAGGGAAUCUGCUACUUAAAAUGUUUUUUUUAAGCUUCAAAAGCUUUUGAAGGUGAGUUUCUUUAUGGAAAAUUUUCAGUUUUAUUUAUUUUUAUUUUAUUUAACUGAUGCUCAGAAGUAUAAAAAACUAAUGCAGAGCUAUAAAAAGUUAAUUUUUUCUUCAUACGAAUUUUAACUUUCUGCUUUACCGAUUUUUGUUAAAAGGAAAUUUUCUUCUUCAGUCAGUAGAUUAAAGGGGAAGGAUUAAUUUUUCUUCCAGAGCUUUCGGCUCUUUUCGAGCCUUCCUAGUAAGAGCUUUAUUCGUUUUUUUUUUUUAAAGGAGGUUAAUGACUCAAGUAAAAAAAGAUAUCCCGUCAGACCUCCAAAAAAACUUUGAUUCUCAAAUGAACGGUAAUAGAUCAAAGAAUGAAAGGAGUUUAUUCAUGCCAAUAUGAGUUAAAUAUGACUUCCUUUAACCCUUGGAGGAUUUUGCUGGCCAAAAAGGAUAAUUCGACUUUUUUAAAUCGCCAUAGAAAUAAAAUCUAUUUAACAUUUCAUGAUAAAUUCUACAUCUGUAUGUAGGGAAGUUUCAUUACUUCAAGAUCGUCAAAAGAAAACUUGGAAAAAUAUUUUCUUUUGAGAGAAAAUGAAGAUUAAACUUUUGAGGUUAGAAACCUCAAUCCUCCAAAUGUUAAGGAAACUCGAUGUGCAAAAAUAUAAUCCUAUAAAAAAAGAAAAAGAAUAAGAACUUGCCAAACAAACUUACCAUUUUCACAGGAAUAUGCUGAAAAAAAUCAAAAGAUUUACGUAAUGGUUAAUCUGUUUGACGAUAUCUAAGUCUUUGAAGAUCUUUUGCGAGAUUACGAUUGUUCGAAUAUUUCCUUGAAUGACGUCAUAACCCAUAUACUGAUGAAUAAACUCCUUUUCCCUAUGAUUUUCACCGAACAAAACUUUCUAACUGAAUACAUUGAAGUUUGAAUGAUUUUCUGCCACGAAAUAUGUCUAUUUUAGGGUUGAUUUUGAUGCAAAAAAUUAAUAAAAUUAGCCAUAAAAGAAUUCUUAUUCAAAUCUGUCUAAUAUACUACUGAUUUCAACGAGAAAUAGCGUUAAAUUGAGUUGUUCAAAAAUUUUAAAAUUCAUUUCUUUUGACUCCUAGAAACUUUAAACGAUUUUAAUAAAUCUGUCAGGAGUUUUUGACGUUAGAAUGUUUGUGUAUCAAUAAGGAAUUUUUAAGUUAUGUUUUUUUAAAAGAAUUUUUUACUGAAAUUUCAAGAUUCCAAGCGAAUUUCAAGGGUUUCUUGAUUGCUGAAUAAUGCCCAUUAUGUAGGGGAGGGCGAGGCUAAUAAAGUCACUUAAGGGUUUGGAAAAAGCCGAAUAUAUCAUAUUUCCUAGCUAGAUAGAACAAAAUGAUCUGAGAAAGAGUUGUAGGGCAAGAAAUGUCCUAAAGAAAUGAGUUAUACAUUUCGCUUUAUCUGUUUGGGAAAUAUGAUAUUUUGAGCUUUUUCUAAACCCUUAAGUGACUUUUUUAACCCCGCUCUCCCCUAGUCUUUUCUUGAUUUUCACAAAUUUUCAUUGAAAUUCGUUCAGUAGAUGGUUUAAAAGCCAAUUUUCUCUCACCCUUUCUCAAGUAAAAUGAUCAGAAUCAAGAGUUUUGUGGUUGAAUGAGCUAUUUUAGUUAAUUUUUCGUCGGAAUCAGCAUAUUCGUUAUCACAAAAUCAUCAAAAUCACAUUAAACUAUGAGAAAAUCUUCCAUAAAGGAUCUGAAAUAGCUUUUCAAAAAAUGAAUUUAAUGUUUUGUUAAUAAAAAGUAAAACUUUCCGCCAUUCUUGAGAAUAAGUCCCUUGUCCUUUUAAGCAGAUAACGAAGAAAACAAAAAUAUAAAAGUGAUUUUUGUAGAAUGAUCCUCAAUCUCUGUUCCAUUUAUUGCAAAUUUAUAAUGUUAAAGAAAAUCUGAAUAAAUGGUUUUUUGUACAAUAAAACACCCACACUCUUUUUUUUCUUUUUACAUAAAUAACAUUUAUUUUGUAAGUAUAUUUACAUGCUUUCACUUUUCAAAUUAUACAAAGUUUUUCAACGCUUUUCUCUCUCCCUCUUUUCACUAUCAUUAAGUAGGUUUAAUAACUUUUUUUUUCUUUAUAAUAUUUCUUCCAACUAACAUUGCAUCAUGAUUUUCUUAGCCAUUCAACUUUUCUUUUUAUUCUUUAAGCAAGACUCACAAUUUCUUAUAAAUGUGUUCAAAAAGAAUAAAAGAGCAAAAAAAAACAGAAGAAAAAUUGAAAAAUAUAAAUGAUAAUACAGUUUUUUCUUUCUGUGUGUUAUGUAAAAUAUAAUAAUAGAUUUUAAGUAAAAUGAAUGGUCUUUUGCUUUUUUCUUUUUUUUUUUUAACUUUCAGAGGAUUUUAAAUUUUCCUCUUUUUGAGGAUUUUUUU